CGGAAUGUUUGUUUUUGUUAUUGUGUGUUCUUGAGAGUUCAGAGAGAGUGAAACACCACACCUGUUUCCCAAGAAGGCUAAGAGAAACCCUAGUGAAUACUUCGCACAUUCCAUUCUACACUCGCAUCUGAAGCUAUGCAAGCGCCUGUUCUUGUUCUAAAUGAUUCGCUCACACGUGAAUCUGGAACUAAGGUCCAUCAUGCAAAUAUCCAAGCUUCAAAGGCUGUUGCUGAUAUUAUUCGCACUACCUUGGGCCCUAGGUCCAUGUUAAAAAUGCUUCUUGAUGCUACAGGAGGAAUCGUGGUCACUAAUGAUGGAAAUGCUAUUUUGCGUGAGUUGGAUAUUGCUCACCCAGCUGCAAAGUCCAUGAUUGAACUAAGCCGCACACAAGAUGAAGAAGUUGGUGAUGGAACUACAUCAGUUAUUGUUCUUGCUGGUGAGAUGCUUCAUGUUGCGGAAAAUUUCAUUGAGAAGAAGUAUCAUCCUACAGUAAUUUGCCGAGCUUACAAUAAGGCCCUUGAAGAUGCUCUUGCUGUGUUGGACAAAAUCUCCAUGUCUAUUGAUGUGAAUAACCGUUCAAUGAUGUUGGGUUUAGUAAAGAGUUGCAUUGGCACAAAAUUCACAAGUCAAUUUGGGGAUCUAAUUGCAGAUCUAGCACUUGAUGCAACAACAACAGUUGGCGUUGAUCUAGGCCAGGGAGUAAGAGAAGUAGACAUAAAAAAAUACAUCAAAGUAGAAAAAAUCCCAGGAGGGCAAUUAGAAGAUUCCAAAGUCCUAAAAGGUGUUAUGUUCAACAAAGACGUUGUUGUCCCUGGAAAAAUGAAAAGAAAAAUCAUAAACCCACGUGUCAUUUUACUAGAUUGCCCUCUCGAAUACAAAAAAGGAGAGAAUCAAACAAACGCAGAGUUAGUCCGAGAAGAAGACUGGGCAGUUUUGUUAAAAAUGGAAGAGGAAUAUAUCAUGAAUUUAUGCGCUCAAAUACUCAAAUUUAAACCCGAUUUAGUAAUCACAGAAAAAGGACUUAGUGAUUUAGCGUGUCAUUAUCUAAGCAAAGCAGGAGUUAGUGCAAUUAGGAGAUUAAGGAAAACUGAUAAUAACAGGAUUGCAAAGGCAUGUGGGGCUGUUAUUGUAAAUAGGCCAGAUGAGCUUCAAGAAUCUGAUGUGGGAACUGGAGCUGGACUUUUUGAAGUGAAAAAGAUUGGUGACGAGUUUUUUGCUUAUAUUGUUGAUUGUCAAGAUCCGAAAGCGUGUACUGUUCUUCUCAGAGGUGCUAGCAAGGAUCUUUUAAAUGAAGUGGAGCGAAAUUUACAGGAUGCAAUGUCAGUGGCUAGGAACAUUUUAAAACAUCCAAAACUUGUCCCUGGUGGUGGUGCCACUGAGUUAACUGUUUCUGCUACAUUGAAGCAAAAUAGCUCAUCAAUAGAAGGCAUCGAAAAGUGGCCAUAUGAAGCUGCAGCUGUGGCAUUUGAGGCUAUACCCCGAACCUUGGCACAAAACUGUGGUGUCAAUGUCAUUAGAACAAUGACUGCUCUUCAGGGAAAGCAUGCAAAUGGCGAGAAUGCAUGGACAGGAAUUGAUGGAAAUACGGGUGUAAUUGCGGAUAUGAAAGAACUUAAGAUUUGGGAUGCAUACAAUGUGAAGGCGCAGACAUUCAAGACAGCCAUUGAAGCGGCGUGUAUGCUUUUAAGAAUUGAUGAUAUUGUGAGUGGAAUAAAAAAGAGGCAAGCUCCUGGAUCUACUCAGCCAUCGAAGCCAACUAUUGAGCAAGAAGGUGAUGCAGACACUGAGCAAAUGAUUCCCGAGUGAUGACGAUUAGGGAGGGGUAUUAUUGUCAUUUACUUUUUUCUUUUUUUCUAAUGUUGGUUAGUGUUAGGAUAUGGAGAGUACGCUGCUGUUGUUAUAUCUUGAAAUUUUGGUGCUUCUGUUUUUGGUUAUGGGGUUCGCUUUCAUUCUUUACCACUCUUAGUGGAUGAGUUUAUAUAACUGUAGGGGGU